AUGGUGUCACAUCCUUAUCCGGAAGAAGAUCAAGUAGUGCCACGUACGCCUGAGGAAGAGAGCGAUUACAAUUCGAGGAUGUACCUACCUCCUAUUCUAGUAUCAACUGACGAGGAGCCAUUUGAAUAUGAGGAAAAGUCGAGUGAGGACGAGGAGCAUCCUGUCGAUGAGAUUGGUGGAGUGCAUGCAAACAGUUCACCCUACCCAGAUUCAACUUCCAACCAAGAUCGUGAGGAGACUCAGGAGGAGGACCCAACUGAGUCAGAUUCAUCGCCAUAG